CUUAGAAAUGCAGGUCCCAUAACUUUUCCGUAGUGACGACACUUGCAUGGACCGUUGACAUCCGCCACGACUCUCUCCUAACAUCUUCUUUCUGUUUCACGUCCUUCGGCAUCAUGUUUCGUGCAGCCCCACGGUUAAUUGCGCGUCCAGCGCUGCGGAUCGCGCCACUACGGUCAGCCGCGCCGGCCAGACGGUACCUCAGCACCGCUCCACCAUCACAAAAGUCGAGAAGUUUCAAGAGUCUGGUUGCGAGAGUCGGUAUUGCGGGAGCAAUAAUAUACUAUUACAAUACCACAGAUGUUUUCGCGGAAGAGCCAAGACAACUUGCUCAAGCCCUCCCAGAGACCGAAGUCGAAUCCGAACACCUCCCAACCAUCGAAUCUAUCUCCGAAGAGCGCAAGCGGAGACAAGCGGUACAGGCACAACUAGACGCUCAAAAGCAGAAGGAGGCUGCGAAUGCACAACAGAAUGCUAAGCCUUCAGAGGAUGGCCAGGGCGGCAUAGAGGGGCUCGAAGAGGAGGCAGAUCAACAAGGCGCAUUCAACCCAGAGACAGGCGAGAUCAAUUGGGAUUGCCCAUGUUUGGGCGGUAUGGCUCAUGGGCCUUGUGGUGAGCAAUUCAAGGCAGCCUUCAGCUGCUUUGUGUACUCUACCGAAGAGCCCAAGGGCAUGGACUGCAUCGACAAGUUCAAGGACAUGCAAAACUGCUUCCGCGAAUACCCUGAAGUUUACGGUUCAGAGCUAGACUCUGAUGCCGACGAGGAAGAUGACAUGACAGCCUCCACGGAAACACAACAACCCCGCUCUUCGCCUACUUCUGCCCCGCCAUCGGACACCUUCUCUUCCAACACGCAGUCCGACUCCAGAUCACAACCUGCCGCCGACGAUCAUGCCGCCUCAGCCAAGGGCGACUUUUCUAGUGAGCGUAGCUCGAAGCCUCACACCCCACAUGAGAACAACCUAGUCCCUGAGGAAUAUAAGCCAAAUGUCAAGCACAACCCAAUCUAUGACGCAAGGGGAGACAUGAGCAGCCUAGACAGCGAAAAGGAGAAGGAGAAGAGCAAGCAAAGGCCAAAGGGUGACAGCGAUACCGAGAGGGCGAACAAGGCAAAGAACCAGGUCAAGAGCCAAGAACCUGUCAGUGAGAGUGAGAGCAUGGUACCCAAGGCUAGGCAUGACGAGAAUGCGAAGGGAACAGAAAAGUUAGAGAGGAAGUAGGGUACUUGUAGGGUAUGUGUGGAUGGAGACGUGAUAUGAAAGCGAUGGCAUUGUAUUAUACUACCUGUACAGCAUGUUUGGAGAGGAAGAGGCUUACGUUACCUGCUACUGACGACUAGGAAAACUCAUGUAUAGUAUAUAUAGUUCUCAUCAUACACUCAAGCACUUUCAUACCAUGGGUUCUGUGGGCUUGGAGAAUAAUUUGCAUCGUCUUUGAUAAUAGAAACUACUAUACAGCAGGACUCGGAG